GUAGUUUUUUGUUUUUUUUCUUUUCUUCUCCCGGACUACAUGCAACAUCUGCCACAUUUCAACCACAAACAAAACCGGUGGCCGACGACUCGAAUUCAAAGCUGAGCCUCAUUAGGGGGGGGGAAUUAAAUGUGCUGCAGCGCUGCACAGAUUUACAAAGAAAGAAACAAUUCAGCUCAUUUGAACAUCGUUAAAACUAACUGCUUGCAGACUGAGGGCUCUGUUCCGCUUCACAUUUCAGAUGCAAGUGCUGUUUCUGCUCUCUCGGGGCAAACAGUCUUAGGCUUGCACCGAGCCUUGCUUGAAACUACGCUAAAUCAAACUUUGGAAGCUUACGACAAAAGGAAAGAAACCUGCUUUGACGCCUCUUGGUUUUACAUUUAUGGAUCAUCAUGUGGGACUUCUAAUUCUUGGGCGCCCCGAGCCUUUUUCCGAUGCCACCCUGGGUAAGUGCCCGACUCAAAAACCGCCUCUGCAGUCGGCCUGACGUAUUUCGUGAAUGUGCGUUGCGUAUUCAGUGAAAAUGCAGAGGGUGAGGCACAAACUUCCAUGCAUUUGCGGAGCUUUGGGUGAAAUGCAGAAAAAAAUAUUUGUGGCAGAAUAAUAGCAGAGCAUGUCAACUUAACGAGGCACAGAGGAGGCAGCAUCAUGCUGUGGUGCUGGUGUUAUACAGUGUGACGUCGCUGUAGUUUUACUUCCUGGUUAUGUCUUGGCCUAGCACACACAGAAAGAAAUAAAUCAAUAAAACACACAGUUGUAACGUGAGAAAAUGUGGGAAAAGUUCAAGAGUCAAAACCCUGCAGUUAGUGAAUCCUGGGGAACAGGUUAUUUAUUGAUUUGUUUUUAAUAUUUACAUAAUGUGCUUUCGUGUGUGGUUCAAGCUUUUAAAAUAAUACGGAUAGUUGACUGAAAUCAAUAAUUUCACAGCAGUUCUCUAGACGUGUGGUAGUGAUUGGAAUUAGCUGCUGCUGCGCAAAUUGCGUAAAACCAUCUGGUAGAUCCAAAUGAAGCCAUUCCAAAUUCAUUUAUUUUAAUCGUUAAUGAUGAAUCUCAUUUCAAUCCAGAUUAUUGUAGUUUAUCUAAUCACCAGUGGAGGCCUGAUUUCUCCCAAGUAGAGAGGAUGUGUUUUUUUGUUUUGAAGUGCAUGCGGGGGUUUUUUCUGUUUGUUUUUUUUUACGCACUGAAAUCUGACUCGACUUUAAAAAGCCACCGCGGCAGCCAGCAGCCACACAGCGCCGCGUUCCACCCCUACAUCCCCGUGUGAGCAACAGGUAGCUCCAUAUACGGACCAGAGAGCCCGCUGGCAAACGGUUUUGCAGAGGGCGCACGGAGGGGCAGUGCCGCCAUGCGCAAUCCAUCCGACGCGCCUCUCCUGAGCGGAGGCAACCAGUCCCUGCUGGCUUCCAGCCUCGCCGGAGACCCGACGAUGGGAACCCCUUCGAACGGCACCCCCCUCCACGCGAACGGAUCCGACCCGUUCGCGCGCAACGAGGACGUGGCCCAGAUCGAGAUCAUGGUCCUGAGCAUCACCUUCGUCGUCGCCGUGAUCGGCAACGUGAGCGUGCUGCUGGCCAUGUACCACACCAAGAAGAAGACGUCCCGCAUGCAUCUGUUCAUCAAGCACCUGAGCCUGGCCGACCUGGUGGUCGCCUUCUUCCAGGUACUGCCGCAGCUCUGCUGGGAGAUCACCUUCCGCUUCUACGGCUCGGACUUCCUCUGCCGCGUGGUGAAGCACCUCCAGGUGAUGGGCAUGUUCGCCUCCACCUACAUGAUGGUGAUGAUGACCCUGGACCGCUACAUCGCCAUCUGCCACCCGCUGAAGACCCUCCAGCAGCCCACCAAGCGCUCCUACGUGAUGAUCGUCUCCACGUGGAUGUGCAGCCUGGUGCUGAGCGUCCCGCAGUACUUCAUCUUCUCCCUGAGCGAGAUCAAGAACGGCUCCGAGGUAUACGACUGCUGGGCGCACUUCGUGGAGCCGUGGGGCUCCAAGGCGUACGUCACCUGGAUGACCGUGGGCAUCUUCCUGGUGCCGGUGGUCAUCCUCAUCCUGUGCUACGGCUUCAUCUGCCGCACCAUCUGGAGGAACAUCAAGUACAAGAAGAAGAAGAAGACGGUGGCCGGGGCGGCGGGCAAGAGCGGCUUGAUCGGGAAGUCGUCGGUCAGCAGCAUCAUGAUGAUCUCCAGGGCGAAGCUCAGGACGGUCAAGAUGACGUUUGUGAUCGUCCUGGCGUACAUCGUCUGCUGGGCGCCGUUUUUCACGGUGCAGAUGUGGUCGGUGUGGGACCGGAACUUCCAGUGGGACGAUUCUGAGAACACAGCGGUGACUCUGUCUGCGCUCCUCGCCAGCCUCAACAGCUGCUGCAACCCGUGGAUAUACAUGAUCUUCAGCGGCCACCUCCUGCAGGAUUUCGUGCACUGCUUCUCCUGCUGCUGCAGGCUGAGCGGCGACUACAAGGAGGACUCGGACAGCAGCAUUCGCAGGACGACGCUGCUGACCAGGAUCACCAACCGGAGCCCGACAGGCAGCACCGGCAACUGGAGGGAGCUGGACAACUCCCCGAAAACGUCAGCUCAGACGGAGUAAAACAUUCGCCGGCACCAAGAAACACAUGCAGAGUGAGCUCAUCUGUGAGCAAUGGGUGAUUAGGACAAAAAGUCCCACAGACUUAGAAAUCCUAAGGGACAAGAAAGCAUUCUGCAUGGUGAAAAAGAAGCUAAACAAUGUAAAUAAGAAUAUAUAUACAGUAUAUACAGUAUAUAUAUGCUCAGUCCUAUGUGCAUACUAAAAAUUGUUUAUAUACUUUCUAAUAUGUAUACAUCAGAAGUACAUUGCGAAAGGAGGGGAUGUAGUUUUUGCGUCACCUCUUCAACCCACCUGUGAACAUUCUGGUGCAGCAGAUAAUUGAAUAUUUCAGCUAAAUCUUUCGCAUGCUGAGGGGAGAACCUGGCCGGGGCACAGAUAUUCCCGAGGGAGCUUGAUAUAUACGGUAGAAAAUAGAGAAGAUGUUAGCCACUGAAAAAUUCAAGAUGGUCGACGUGGCACUCAAAGAAAAUUCCGUUUUGCACUAAAACUACCAAGAUUUAUCACAGCUGAAUACUCCGCUACAGCGCUAAACCGCUGAGCACUUAAAAAAGGAAAUAAUUGCAGAUGUUAGCGCUAAGCCAAACACAUGAAAAAAUUAGCAGAAGCUAAUGAUGAACUGCUAAAUGUAAAAAACAUUUCUGGAAGCUAGCGCUAAACCAAACAUAAAAACAUUAGCAGAAGCUAAUGCCAAACUGCUAAUACAUAACAAAUUAGUGGAAACUAAUGCUAAACCACUAAGCAUAUGAAAAUGUUUUUUUGAAAGCUUGUACGAAUCCAAACAUAAAAAAUUGCAGAAGCUAAUGCUGAACUGCUAAACCCAUAAAAAAAAAUAAGCAGAAGCUAAUGCUAACCUUAAAGACGACUGCCUCUCAGUCUGUGUCACACAUCUUUAUCUCCUUCCAGUUGACGGCUUGUUUGAGAUUCACAAACAGAAAAGUCCUCAGUUUCAGAAUUUGCCACACAUUGUUACUUUAAGGCUGUAUGACCAAAGUCCAAAACAUACGAUGUGACACAAAGUUCAUUGAAGUCAUGAAAAUGGGUAACAUUUUACGGCAAUAGUUGAUUUAAAAUGCUCAGACGGCAGCCAUCUUGUAAAAUUACAUCCUGACAUUCAAGUGGCUAAUUGAAAAUAUUCAAAACAUACGACCUAAGGGCAGAGCAUACGAUGUUUUUAUGCUUGUGUCCAGACGUAGACAAUUUUUACAGUAAUAUGCUGCCCUAUUCUUAGUCUCCCCUCCCGCACAAACAUUCAGCUAUCUCGAUGCUGUCACUGGUGUCUCCCAGCAGAGCUCUUCCCUUUCUGAGUGUUCGCAGAGAUAAAAUAAAGUCACUGCGGCCUGAAGGUGUUCAUGGGUAAAAACAGCCCUCUGGUCUCUAAGUAACCGAGGCAGCCACCGCAUCCUUUGUGUCUGAAUUUCCAUUUUGUCUUUGCUUUUUUCUCUCUCUCUCUCCCUCUCUCUUUCUUUUCUUACAACCACAUUUCAGCGGUUUAUGUAAAAAUGGGAAUAAAACCAACCCUUUGACCGAACAUAAAAGCAUUAACAGUAAAAAAAGGAAACAGAUUUGAACAUUAUUUCUUAUAUGUAUGACUAAGGAGUUGUUUCAUGUUGCGGCGGGCUCUCCUCUCUCAAAUAACGGCUCUCAGUUCUGACGCAGAAACCCACGGAGCUGGCGGGGACACGGACUGUGUGCGGUGAUCCUGACCGCUCUCAGACGGCGACCCACCCUUUGCGCGCCGUUCCCAUGACUUUCACAGAAUGUCAAGGAGAAGCUCACACAUUCCUCACAUUCCUCAGCUCACUUCCCGAGUUUUUUUUUUUCCCUGACAUCCUGCGCUGUUGGGGGCUCUGUUUUUUUUUUUUGGCUCUGUUUGCACACAAGACAAAAUGAAUUUCCUGCACUUUAAUAUGACUUGCGGCAUUUUAACGGCGGUCAGACCACAACCACAGAGUCCAACGAAUGUGUAAUUAAUCAAAGUUGUAUAUAUAUAUAUUACUUUGUGAGCCUGUGUGCCUGUGUACGUAUGUGUUCUGAAAGUGUAGCCUAAUGUAUAUUUGUAAAUAAAAGGCACCUGAAUAUAGAAGUAAUAUAUGUAAAUCUGUCUGUAAUGGCUUUCUGCUCAUAUCUUAAAAGAAGAGAUUUAUGCUGAAAUACACAUCAAUGUAAUGAACACUAA